AUGUAUAAUAAUAAUAUUGGAGAAAUAGUUUCAAAUGUAAUAGGUUGGACUUAUUUUUUAGCUUGGUCAAUAAGUUUUUAUCCACAAGCAAUAUUAAAUUGGAAACGUCAAAGACUUUUUAUGGUGUUCAAUUUGACAUUCUUCUUUUCUGAAGAAAUUCAAAAAGAAUAUCAAGAUAAAAAUGGCAAUAAAGACAACCUUGUCAGAGCAAAUGAUGUGUUUUUUGCUUUACAUGCUUUACUCCUGAGCACAAUUACUUUAGUUCAAUCUUUUAUAUAUAAAGAUUUUACUGGUGGUGUUUUAUCAAAUUUUCAAUUAAUAUUCGAUGCCUAUUUAACUAAUAAUUGGUCUGGUAUAAAGGGAGAUUUUGUUAAAUUUGGACUUGGAUUUCUAAGUAUUACAUUUGACUUAUUAUUCAUGAUUCAACAUUAUUUAUUAUAUCAAGAUCAUGAAGAUUAUAAUCCAAUAAUUGACAGAACUGGUUUAUUAGAAAAUAAUGAUAAUAAUGUAAGAUAUGUGUAG